AUGCUUCCAACUAAGAGUCUUGCUCUUAUUCUACCCUUCGCCCUUACGGGUGCGGCGGCAUUCAUCUUCAAGGCUGAUAGUACUAACUUGACUAGUCUUUCGGACAGCCUGCCCACGACCUACGACUUGGCUGCCACUCAAAUGAACGUGUCAGAUACCCCUGCUGCGGGUGGCUCUUUCUGGUCAUCCUCGUUUGUCCGCGCAUCUAACGGGCACGAUUACAUGGUCGUCUCGCACGUCUUGGCUGGCGCAGUUGGUCCGGGUUCCAUCUACCGUGCCUCCGUAACUGAUAUCACCGACCCGUCUUAUUACUACACGUUCAGUAAAUUAAGCGACUCAUCUGACGUCUAUUCGGCUACCGAGGUCUUCAACGCCAGCUUCGGGGACUGGGGGAUGGGUUCAACCAGUUCAAAGGACCCCAUCUCCCGGAUGAGAACAUUCAGCACGGUUAAGAAUGUUCAAUUCGAUAUCACUUUCGAAACUUCGUCCCCUGUUCUGUUAAAUGGCGGAUUGGGGGUGUUUCAGUGCGGGAGCACUUUGGGUCAUGAAUGGAGCAUGCCAGCGGGAAAGACAACCGGAUCCCUUACUAUUGGCGGCAAAAAGCUCAGUAUCGUUUCGGACAAGAGCUUGACAUGGUACGACCGCCAAUGGGGCACCGCGCCUAACUCAUGGACUUGGUUCGAAUUGCACCUCGACAACGGUGUCAAGAUGUCCGUUUGGAACUGGGACAAGUCUGAUUCCUAUGCCGCGUCGGCCUUUGCUACUGUAAGGCAGCCUCACGGAGUGCAGGCUGUCGUACCUGUUGCUUCGCUCCAGAAGUCCAAGAAAACAUGGACGUCCAGUGUCUCCGGCUUUUCUUACCCUGUGUCUUAUAUUCUUACAUUGGAGGAUGGAACGAAGCUGAACAUUGCCAACAUCAGGGGGGAUGCAGAAUUGGUAGCCCCUAACGGAGCGCAGACGACGUAUGAGGGAUUUAUCACCGUGAAUGGCAUCUACAAGGGUUCGAAGAAAGUGCAAGGAUUUGGCUUGGUGGAGGUCGAGCCUACCACUAGCUAA